CUACAUAACACUAGAGUUGGUGUUCAUAUUGUUGGUAUUAAAAUUAUUAAAAUCUAUACAAGUAAAACCAAGAAGGUUUUGUCAAUUUCAUAAAAUAAAAAUUGUUUUAAUUAUUGUUGUGCUAGAAUAGAUGCUUCGUCCUGGCGAUUCUUCAGAUUCAAGGAGUUCCACAAUAAAGGUAUCAAGAAUUUAUAGGAAUGCCAAUCAGAAGAGCAGCAGACCCAAUUAGUGUCCAGCAUGUGUGGGAUGCAAUCAGAUCGGCGGUUCUUCAGCGCCAAAUGGCGGAUUCUAAACGAAUUAUAAAAUAUUUACAAAGAGUCGAUAAAUGUACAUACGCCCAAGCCGAAUUAUAUAUUCAACAAACUCUUCACGAUGGAUUGAUUGUGGCCUUACAAAAAGUUACCAAAACAUCUAAAGGUGAUUUAGUUGACAGUUUUCGGAUUCCUACACAAGAAGUGCCACCGUUUGACGGAAAAGACUGGUACUGCUUUGAAUGCCAUCUUGGCGGAAAUGUGACGGCUUGUAACAAGUGUUUUCGCGUUUUCCACUCAGAGUGUCUAACAAACGGGCGACGGAAGUUCCAAGAAUUCAAGAAAAGCAGUAUUCUUUACGAACAGCAUAGCUCGUUGAUAAAAGAUGAAUCUACACAUAAUUCCAUAAGUUCUAUAAAUCUAUCGUCGGACUCAGACGAUUUAAACACCGGCAGCGAGCUAAGUACUUAUAGAUUGCCGCUAAAUAAUAACGAUUCCAAUAGCGGUCAAAGUAAAGAAGAAGCACAAGAAACACACAGCAAUCAAGAUGAAAGUCAAAGUACAGAGAUGUACGACGAAACGUUGUGCAGUAUGUGCAAUAUUUCGCAGUUACAUGAUAACUGCAAGCUAGAAAAACCAGAACUGAAUUAUUUACUAAAAUUUGUAAUACACAGAAUUCAGUCAUGGCUACCCAAUACAAUCACGCACACAAUGGCCGAGGAAGACCGACCGGAGUGGUUAACAGACAGAGAAUUAACGUGGCGAGCCAACCAAUUAUUUUUUGAACAUAGGGAUAUGUCGGUCAUAGAAGUAAAUUUAAAUAACGAGUCCUAUAGUUAUAUACAUGAAUUUUUGGCAGACGUUCUAACGAUUCAGCAUAACGUUGCAAUCUUCCAUGGAAUUGAAUCACAAGAAUAUGGAGCUGCUGAACUAAUGGUUCGAGACUGUAUGCACGAUUUAACAGAGCUAAGACUUUGUGUAGACUGCUAUCGGCACAGUAACGAAAAAAUUAAUUCUAAAUGGUUUUGCCUUCCGUGUAGAGUACCUCAUAAGUUAGUUUGGGCGAAACAGAAAGGUUAUCCGUAUUGGCCCGCCAAAGUGAUCCAAGAAACUAGUACACAUUUUGAUGUGAGAUUUUUUGGCGGGAAAUAUGAACGAUCUCUUCUAAUGAAAGCAUUUAUUAAACCAAUCGAAAUUCCACAGUCAAAGUUACAAAUUAAACCGUCUUCGGCCUUCAAUAAAUCUGUUGAAGAGUUAAAAUUUCAUCAGAGGUUAUUGCAAAACCCGGACGAACUUCAAAAGUUAAUUAGUUCGUCGAAAAAUAGAGUCAGAAAUCUUAAUAAAUCAAAAAUUUCGCCUUUGAAAAAACCGCAGAAUUCUGAAAUGAAAAAACGGAAUAGUUCGUUUGAUAUGAACGACGCAUACAGAUUUGAUGACGGUCCAUUCGCACAACAAAAUCUUAAUUUAGGUCAGGAACGACAUAAGCGCAAGAGUAGCUUUUUCGAAGGAAGUCCCGUAAUGAAAAAGAGUUCGACAAUACUGAGUGAAGAAAAAGGUGAAGACGUCCACAACGUAUCUGACAACAUUAUCCACAUAUCAGAUGGUGAAGAUGAAGAAUUUUCCUAUAGAGAAAAUUACUCAACUUCAAAUAUUAAUUAUAAUGGUUCAUUUGAACAAGUGUCUAGUUCCACGGAACAUUACAGAACCCCAGAUACUUCAUUUUCAAGGGGUCAAGAAAACGGAAUGCAACAACUUGAUCAGCCUUACAGUGAUUCAGUAGAGAAGAUGAGAAGAAAAAUGGAAAGUUUGAGUGAUAAGAAGGACCUUAUAAAAUGCGCUAUGGAUUGCAUGCAAACAGAAGUUGAUAAAAUUACCAAUGAACACAAUGAACACCUGAAAAGGUUGUUUGAAUCACAUAAUCAACAGAUAUCAGAGACGAAGAAAAAACAAUGGUGUUACAACUGUGAACAAGAUGCCAUUUAUCACUGUUGUUGGAACACGGCGUACUGUUCACAGAGUUGUCAGCAGCAGCAUUGGCAAGCAGAACACAAAAAGGUUUGCAGACGUAAACGCUAGUGUUCCUCGUUUGAAAUAAAAUACACAAAAUAUUUUUGCAUACUGUAUUAUUUUGUGUAUUAUAUAUUUUUAUAGUUUGUUAACAGGAUGUUAUCACCCAAUAUCAUUUAUGUAGUUGUAUUUUACUUGUUACAAGAUGUACGGUGGGGACAUUGGCGUAAUUUUCAAUUUUGUAUGACAUGAAAUGCAAUUUUUAUUGGUUUUAGGACCAAAGUGUAAAAGUACAAUUAUGAUAGUUGACUAAUUAAUUAUAGGCAAUAAAUUCAGUUUGAUAAAAUUUAAAGUUUAUUGUGUAGGCGUGUAGAUAUUCUAAAUAUUUUAAAUUUGUUUGACUUAUAAUUGGGAGAAAUCACUUGAAAGUUAUGCCACUAAUUCUUUGUAGUCCAGGAAGGUUAAAAAUAGCGAACAACAUUAAACUAAGCUGAUUUUUGGCAACCAUGUGAAUUUAAAAGUGAGCAAAAAAGGUCGCAUUGCGGUAGAAGAGAGAACUUAAAAUUGUUUACGAAAAUAUUUUUCCCAGGAGGAGUUUUUGUAUUUCAAAGACAAAACUUUAUUGAAGGAACUAGACCAAGCUCGACGUAGAUGUAUUCUCAUUUUGUUUAGACUCUAGUUGUAAUAGAAGGAAUUCAGGUAAAAUUAAAUAGGGCUGCUAUAACUAAAUUUUAAGUUAUGGUUCCACUUAAAAAUAUUUGAUGCCAUAUUGUCGCCAUAGCAGCAAAGAUCAGUAGAAAAAUUGGUGACAAAGAUGUUUUUGGUGCAGUGUUUGUUGUUGCGCAUAAAAAUUAUAUUCCGUUUGGGGCGUAUAAAUUUACUUGCAUUGCAUCCCCAUGUGAAAGUGAUACUUGCCCUUUAAUAUAUUGUUUAUAUUCUGGAGUUUAGUGUUUCUGUGUAACUGGGUUUACACGCAGUCUAAAUUAAAAUUACUGUUUUCCUUUAUUGUGUAAGUGCAGAUUUUUUUAACUUCUACUCUACUCGUUCUGUAUACAGAGUUUAAACAGAUUGAAAAUCUCUAAAAAUGACAAUUUCUUUGUAAGUUGAAAAACAAAGAGCCCUCCUAUAAAAAAAAUUGAAAUUAUUUUUGUUCUAAAGUAUGUUUAAAGAUCUUGAGAUUUCGUAAAGAAUUAAAACGUCCUUUUAGUACUUCCGUUUUCUAGAACUUUUUAUGUUAAAUAGUGAUAAUGUCCCAAAAAUCAUCAUUGGUCGAAUUUUUUCGCAAAUUCGUCUAAUUUUCCUGGACUAUUGUGUUAUCUUCUUACUUUUUAUUGUUUAGUGAAAAUAGUAUUGCUUAUGAAUGUAUUUUUACAUAGAAUAAAUUUUUAUGUACUUUGGCAGAACAUAAUUUAAAUCAUUCUC